GCUAAAAUGAACAGCUCUGAUGAGGAGAAGCAGCUGCAGCUCAUCACCAGCCUGAAGGAGCAAGCAAUAGGCGAAUAUGAAGACCUUAGAGCAGAGAACCAGAAAACAAAGGAGAAGUGUGACAAAAUCAGGCAAGAACGAGAUGAAGCGGUUAAAAAAUUGGAGGAAUUUCAUAAAAUUUCUCACAUGGUCAUAGAGGAAGUUAACUUUAUGCAGAACCAUCUUGAAAUAGAGAAGACUUGUCAAGAAAGCGCUGAAGCUUUGGCAACAAAGUUAAAUAAAGAAAAUAAAACACUGAAAAGAAUCAGCAUGUUAUACAUGGCCAAGCUGGGACCAGAUGUAAUAACUUUAGAAAUAAACAUCGACCAAGACAAUUCCUCUGUGGACCCCGAGGGUGCUGCAGAGACGUGUAUCUCAGUCCAUUGUCAAAAGCAAAUCAAAGAACUUCGAGAUCAUAUCGUAUCUGCUCAGGAAGAAAAGAAAAAACUAUCCAUUGAACUGGAAAAUGUCAAGAGCAAACUGGUAGAAGUAAAUGAAGAGGUAAAUAAAGUUAAACAAGAAAAAGCUGCUUUAAAUUCAGAAGUUCUCAACAGAAAAGUCUUAGAAAAAUGCAAUAGAGUGUCCAUGUUAGUGGUAGAAGAGUACGAGGAAAUGCAAGUAAACCUGGAGCUGGAGAAGGACCUUCAGAAGAAGGCAGAGUCAUUUGCACAAGAGAUGUUCAUUGAACAAAACAAGCUAAAGAGACAAAGGCACCUUCUGCUCCAGAGCUCUGCUCCGGACCAGCAGCUUUUGAAAGCUUUAAAUGAAAACACAAAAUUCACCCAGCUCCUUGAAGAAGAGAGAAUUCAGCAUCAACAAAAGGUCAAAGAAUUAGAAGGGCAACUAGAAAAUGAAACACUCAACAAAGAGACCAACCUCAACCAGCAACCGGAGCUUCUAGAAGAUGAUAAAAAAGAAUUGGAAUCGAAGAAUCAGAAUUCUGAGGAGAAAGCCAGAAAUUUAAAGCAUUCUGUUGAUGAACUCCAGAAACGAGUGAACCAGUCUGAGAAUUCAGUUCCUCCACCACCACCUCCUCCACUGCCACUCCCCACUCCACCUCCCAACCCUAUCAGAUCCCUCAUGUCCAUGAUCCGGAAGCGGUCCCACCCCGGCGGCAGUGGUCCUAAGAAAGAAAAGGCAGCUCAGCCAGAAGCAAGUGAAGUCACAGAUCUGAAGAGGCAAGCAGUUGAAGAGAUGAUGGACAGAAUUAAAAAGGGAGUUCACCUCAGACCAGUUAAUCAGACUACCAGACCCAAGACGAAGCCAGAAUCUUCAAAAGGCUCUGAAAGUGCAGUGAAUGAACUCAAAGGAAUACUGUGGAUCAACACCCAUCAGAAUCUUAAUUAUCGAUAUGCAAGUACUUCCCCACCCCCGGCUCUCAUGUAGGCAGUUCAUCAAGAGGAGUUCUUGUGCCGUUCUUUUGAUAUGAAAGCUAACAUCUUACAUCAUCACUAACAUCAUCCUAAGUGAUCCAGCACUAUAUCUUGUUGAAGAUGACCACAUUAAAAAAUAUAUAUUAAAAAAAAAAGGC